CACACGUUCUCACUCUUCGUGAGAGUAAGUGUGUAAGUAAAGAAGGAAAAGAGAGAGAAGGGGAGAGAGAGCGUGAUUCCAGGUCUCUCUCUGCUGCUCUCUCCGCUUUGGGUACUCGUACCCAGUCUGACUCAAUGGGGCUUUUUCACUAAGGGCUUACACGUUAAAAAUAAAAUAUAUUUUCACCCCAAACCCCAUUUAGUGUUUAGGUUUCGUGCAUUUAGAUAGUCAGACAUAGGUAACUCAUUAAGGAAAGUCUCCGGGAUAGAGGCAGCGACGUCUCCAGAGGCGUGCCUUUUUGUCUGUCGCCUGGCAGAAGGUUCAGUCGGGUCCCUCUCGUCGGCUGUCCUUCUGUGAGAGGAUAACUUCCACCAUAUCCUACAUUUACAGCUCAACCAAGCCGGCAAACUACUGCAACACUAUGGAUACUGGAGAUUGUCCCUUCCGGAAGAAACGGAGACCAUGGCGCAUGGACUUCUCAUCCUUUGCCUUGGUAACCGUGGUGCUCGUUGUAUGCCAAACGACCGUGGCCCGUGCAGACCCAGUGGAUGUGUUGCGGGCUCUGCAGGUUCCCUCUCUCCCUGAGGGCGUGAAGAAAGUCCCCGGCUUCUGCGCGUCCCGCCGCUCCGGCACCCCCGACCAUGCUUACCGCAUCAGCAAGAAGGCCCAGAUCUCUGCCCCCACCAAGCAGCUGUUCUCAGGUCGAUUCCCGGAGAACUUCUCCAUCAUGGCCCUGGUUAAGGCCCAGUCUGGUCUCCAGGCCUUCCUCCUCUCCAUCUACAGCGAGCAGGGCAUCCAGCAGCUGGGUAUUGAAAUGGGACGCUCCCCUGUUUUCCUGUACGAGGACCAGAACGGCAAGCCAGCCCCUGAGGACUACCCGCUGUUCAGAGGCGUCAACCUGGCUGAUGGCAAGUGGCAUCGCAUCGCUAUCUCUGUUUCCAAGAAAAAUGUGACACUGCUGCUGGACUGCAAGAAGAAGAUGACCCGCCCCCUUCCCCGCGGCAACCAUGCAGAGGUGGACACCAACGGCAUCACAGUGUUCGGAGCCCGUCUGCUCGAUGAGGAGGUUUUCCAGGGAGAUAUCCAGCAACUGCUGAUCGCCUCCAACCCCCAGGCUGCCUAUGACUACUGUGAGCACUACAGCCCUGACUGUGACUCCCCGAUCCCCAAGACCCAGGCUCAGGACCCCAACACAUACAAGAAGGUGAUCAAUGGAGAAUCCGUCCCCACUAAAUCCACUCCUGUCAAACCAAAACCAGCUCCUGCUAAACCAGCCAAGACUGUUCCAUCCAAACUUGUCGUCAAGUUGCCUAUGCCUGCCAAAGCCCCCAAGACUGUUGCAGCCAAGGCAACCAAAGCUAAGCCCUCCGCUGUAGAGAUCCUCUUGUCUAAGAUAAAACCAACAGCAGCAGCUAAAUCUAAGCCCGCAGCUGCUCCAGCUAAGAAUGGCAAACCAACGGUGGAAAAGAAAGCAAAUGGUGCAGCUAAAGCCAAUGGCAAUGGAAAAGCAGCUGUAACAAAAACUAAUGGCAAUGGUAAAGCUACAGCUGAUGCCAAGCCAGCAUCUCAGGCCAAGGUGAAUGGGAAUGGCAAUGGCAAGGUUGUAGCUGAGAAGAAAGUCAAUGGUAAUGCAAAUGAAAAAUCUUCAUCAGAAAAGAAAGUCAAUGGAAAUGGAAAAGCCACUGUUGUGUCUAAUACUAAUGGAAACGGCAAUGGCAAAGCUACAGCAGAGAAGAAAGCCAAUGGAAAUGGCAAAACUACUAUUGAGGUUAAAGAGAUUAAAGUCAAAAUGAAUGGCAAAACUGAGAGUAAAGUCAGCGGUGAGGCUAAAGCCAAGGCCAAUGGCAAAGUUACUACUGUUGUAGAAAAGAAAGCUGUAAAGGCAAAAAUUGAAACCACUACUAAAGUAAAGACUGAAAAAGUUGUCAAAGUAGAAAAGACCGAAAAGGCUGUGGUCAUUGCACCUAAAACAGAUGCCAAAGUAGAAGCUACUAAGGCACCUAAACCGACAAAAGCAGCAAAACCUGAUCCUGCAAAAGCAGCUAAACCUGAAUCUCCAAAAGCAGCAAAACCUGAAUCUCCAAAAGCAGCAAAACCUGAACCUACCAAAGCAGCAAAACCUGAACCUACCAAAGCAGCAAAACCUGAACCUACCAAAGCAGCAAAACCUGAACCUACCAAAGCAGCAAAACCUGAACCUUCCAAAGCAGCAAAACCUGAACCUACCAAAGCAGCAAAACCUGAACCUACAAAAACAGUGAAGCCUGUGUCCACCAAAGCUCCAGCUGUGAAACCUCCAGUAAAGGAAGUCAAAGAGGUCACCAAAGUGAAAACGGUUGUCACCAAAGUCCCUCUGGUCAAAACAAGCGUCAGCAAAGUUUUGAAGAAUAUGAUCGAAAAGGUUACCAUCCAGAAGAAAGUUGCUUCAACAUCUGCCCCUGUCCAGCCCACUCCACCCAGACCUACAAAACCGAAGGUGGCGGUGGACAAUAAUGUCAAGUCCCUGCAUAAACCAUUCCCACCGUUUGGCAAGACUAUGCUGGGUGGAACUUCAGUCCCAGCGAAGAAAAAUACCAACGGUUAUCAACAGGAUGUAGAUACUGAAUAUUCCGAGGCUGGCCACACCCCUACAGAGACUGAUUAUUACUAUGAGGAGACGGUGCCAGAGGGUGAGGUGAUUGGAGAGGAAGAAAUCCCUGUACAGCCCCAGGUGGAGACCACGUUGCUGGGAGAGGAGGUAGAUGCCACCAAGGCCGGCGGGGUGCUGGAGGAGCCCUUCACUGAGGAGUAUGUGACUGGGGACUUGGGCCUUAAGGAAUACGACUAUUCCUACAGGGACUACAAUGAGCCAAUACAGGAGAAUGGAGAUGCCAACAUGGGCCCCGCCCUGUCCGCUGUGACAGAUGAGGGAGGCGCCGCCGUUAGAGGACAAAAAGGAGAACAAGGAGACCCUGCUGUCUUGGAGCCUGGUAUGCUAAUUGAAGGACCUCCCGGACCUGAGGGAGCUGCUGGUCCUACUGGCCCACCCGGCUCUUCUGGACCUCCUGGCUCUUUCGGUGACCCCGGCGAGAGGGGCCCUUCUGGUAAGGCUGGUAUGCCUGGAUCUGACGGAGUCUCUGGACCUCCUGGAACAUCUGUCAUGCUGCCUUUCCGUUUCGGUCAGAGUGGAGGAGAUAAGGGUCCAUCCGUUUCUGCACAGGAAGCCCAGGCAGCAGCCAUCUUGUCUCAAGCCAGGAUGGCUCUGAAAGGACCUCCUGGACCAAUGGGAUACACUGGACGCCCUGGACCUUUGGGAAACCCAGGAAAUAAUGGUCUGAAGGGAGAGGGUGGAGACCCCGGUCCUCAGGGCCCCAGGGGAACCCAGGGUAUGAUCGGACCUCAAGGCAAAUCUGGCAGAAGAGGCCGUGCUGGAGCUGAUGGAGCCAGGGGAAUGCCAGGAGAGUCUGGAACAAAGGGAGACCGUGGUUUUGAUGGCCUUCCUGGUUUGCCCGGGGACAAAGGACACAGGGGUGACACAGGAUCAUUGGGGCCCGCAGGACUUCAAGGAGAGGACGGAGAGAGGGGAGACGACGGAGACAUUGGACCAAGGGGUCUCCAGGGGGAAUCAGGACCUCGUGGUUUGCUCGGACCCAAAGGUCCCCCUGGGAUCUCCGGACCUCCUGGUGUGCGUGGAAAUGACGGACCUCACGGUCCCAAAGGAAACUUGGGUCCCCAAGGAGAGCCAGGACCUCCAGGUCAGCAGGGAACCGGAGGAACUCAGGGAAUGCCCGGACCUCAGGGAGCCCUCGGACCUCCAGGAGAGAAAGGACCCACAGGAAAACCAGGUCUUCCAGGAAUGCCCGGAGCUGACGGUCCUCCUGGUCACCCAGGAAAGGAGGGGCCUUCUGGUACCAAAGGAAACCUGGGUCCCAACGGUCCACAGGGAGCUAUCGGCUAUCCUGGCCCUCGUGGCAUCAAGGGAGGUCAAGGAAUCCGUGGACUGAAGGGCCACUGGGGAGAGAAGGGUGAAGAUGGUUUCCCUGGAAUUAAGGGAGAUUUUGGUACCAAGGGAGAGAGGGGUGAGCUUGGAGCGUCAGGGCCCAGAGGAGAGGAUGGUCCUGAGGGGCCAAAGGGUCGCGUCGGGCCCCCUGGCGAGCUCGGACCACUUGGAUUGGUUGGAGAGAAGGGUAAACUUGGUGUACCUGGACUUCCUGGAUAUCCCGGAAGACAAGGACCCAAGGGAUCUCUUGGAUUCCCAGGAUUCCCCGGCUCAAACGGCGAGAAGGGAACACGGGGUCUUGCUGGCAAAUCAGGGCCAAGAGGACAAAGAGGACCAACGGGCCCCAGAGGGCAGAGAGGACCGAGGGGCGCCACUGGGAAAGGAGGAGCAAAGGGAACGUCAGGAAGUGAUGGCCCUCCUGGUGGUUCUGGAGAGAGGGGAUUGCCUGGACCUCAGGGAGCUAAUGGUUUCCCUGGACCAAAGGGACCUCCUGGACCCCCAGGAAAGGACGGGCUGCCUGGACACCCUGGGCAGAGAGGAGAAGUUGGUUUCCAAGGUAAAGUGGGUCCACCUGGGCCUCCUGGAGUCGUUGGACCUCAGGGUCCAUCAGGAGAGACCGGCUCCCUGGGCGAGCGCGGCCACUCUGGACCCCCAGGUCCACCUGGAGAGCAGGGACUUUCUGGUCCCUCAGGCAAAGAGGGCACUAAGGGAGACCCUGGACCCACCGGAGGCCUCGGUAAAGACGGUCCCGCAGGACUGAGAGGUUUCCCCGGAGAGAGAGGACUGCCUGGAACCCCUGGAGGUGGAGGACUGAAGGGAAGCGAAGGACCUGCCGGACCCCCUGGAUCUGCUGGGUCUCCUGGUGAGAGGGGACUAGCUGGAACUUCUGGACCUGUUGGACCUCCUGGCAGACCAGGUCCCCAGGGGCCUCCUGGAAACUCUGGAGAGAAGGGAGUUACUGGUGAGAAAGGCCCUAUUGGCCCGGCCGGUCGUGAUGGAGUGCAGGGUCCCGUGGGUCUGCCCGGCCCUGCUGGAUCACCUGGAGUAUCUGGAGAGGACGGAGACAAGGGAGAGGUUGGAGAGCAUGGACAGAAGGGCGGCAAGGGGGGCAAAGGAGAGCAUGGUCCUCCUGGUCCACCCGGGCCAAUGGGUCCUGUCGGUCAGCCUGGUCCUGCUGGUGCUGAUGGCGAGCUCGGAGCAAGAGGCCAGCAGGGGCCGUUUGGAGCUAAAGGAGACGAAGGAACCAGAGGAUUCCCAGGGGCCCCAGGUCCCAUCGGACUUCAGGGCUUGCCAGGACCACCAGGUGAGAAGGGAGAGACGGGAGAUGUUGGACCUCUGGGUCCUCCAGGCCCUCCAGGACCCCGUGGCCCUGCUGGACCCAGCGGUGCUGACGGUCCUCAAGGUCCUCCUGGUGGUUUGGGUAAUGCUGGACCUCUUGGAGAGAAGGGAGAGGCUGGUGAGGGCGGACCACCUGGAAUUGGAGGAGAGCCCGGAAAGAAGGGUCCCCGUGGAGAGCGUGGAGAAAAGGGAGAGUCCGGACAACCUGGAACAGCUGGACCUGCCGGAGGACGAGGACGAGCCGGAGAUGACGGGCCCAAAGGAAACCCCGGUCCUGUUGGUUUCCCUGGUGAUCAUGGUCCCCCUGGUGAGCUUGGACCCAGAGGUCAAGAUGGUGCCAAGGGAGAGAGAGGAGAAGAUGGUGAACAAGGAGAAUCUGGCUCCCCUGGACCUUCUGGUGAGAACGGACCCCCCGGCCCCCUGGGAAAGAGGGGUCUUGCUGGAACAAGAGGACCAGAGGGACGUCACGGAGAGAAGGGAACUAAGGGAGACUCAGGUGCUGUCGGGGCCCCAGGAAAAACUGGCCCCGUCGGCCCUCAGGGUCAACCAGGAAAACCAGGAACAGAAGGUCUCAGAGGACUCCCCGGAUCAGUGGGUGAGCAAGGAACUCCAGGACUUGCUGGACAGAAAGGACCAGCUGGACCUCUUGGACCUCCCGGUUUGCCUGGCCUUCGUGGAGACCCCGGUGGCAAGGGAGAGAAGGGACACCCAGGUCUUAUUGGUCUCAUUGGACCCUCAGGAGAGCAGGGAGAGAAAGGAGACAGAGGUCUUCCUGGGCCUCAUGGAUCUCUGGGAUCUAAAGGAGAAAAUGGAAUGGCUGGAGCCUCCGGACCCUUCGGCCCUGCUGGUCCUCCUGGUCUGCCUGGUCCUCAAGGUGUCAAAGGCGCCAAGGGUUCUUCUGGAGGAUCUGGUGCAAAGGGAGAAAAGGGUGUACAAGGACCUGCUGGAGCCCCUGGCCCACCAGGAGAGGUCAUUCAGCCCCUGCCCAUCCAGAGGAGUCCCAAGUCCAAGCGCUCCAUCGACGCCAGCCAGCUGCUCUCUGAAACCGACUCAGAAAUGCCUGCAUCUGACGCCACUGGCGCUGAGUUCCUGAUGGGCAGCGAAGGCAUGGAGGAGAUCUUCGGCUCUCUCAACUCACUGCGACAGGAGAUCGAAACCAUGCGUUUCCCUCUGGGCACCCAGGACAGCCCCGCCCGCACCUGCCAAGACCUGCACCUCAGCCAGCCAGACCUCAAAGACGGAGAGUACUGGAUUGACCCUAACCAGGGCUGCUCCAGAGACUCCCUCAAGGUCUUCUGCAAUUUCACCAGCGGAGCAGAGACGUGCCUGUACCCGAGCACGAGCAUCAACUCGGUGAAGAUGAGCUCCUGGGACAAUGAGACUCCAGGAUCCUGGUACAGUCAGUUCACCACUGGUAGUAAGUUCUCCUACGUGGACUCUGCUGGUGAGCCGGUGGGCGUGGUCCAGCUUGGCUUCCUGCGUCUCCUGAGCGUUCAGGCCCGCCAGAACCUCACCUACCACUGCCACCGCUCAGUGGCCUGGGCCGACCGCAGCGCCAAGAACAACCACAACCGGGCGCUGCACCUCCAGGGGGCCAACGACGAGAGGCUGACCUACGAGACCAGCCCCUACAUCAAGGCCCUGGUCGACGGCUGCUCUUAUCGUAAGGGCUUCGACAGGACAGUCCUGGAGAUCAACACGCCCCAGGUGGAGCAUCUCCCUCUGCUGGAUAUCAAGGUGUCAGACUUUGGGGAGAGCAACCAGCAGUUUGGCUUUGAAGUGGGACCUGUCUGUUUCCAAGGCUAAAAACACACACAUACACACAUCAUGCAAAGAACAACACGUGCAAAUACUCACGCACACACACAUGCACUUAGAGACACACUUAUAUAUAAGAAACAUACAUGCCCAGUAAUUUGUAAAUUAACUUGUAAAUGAUAUGAAACACACACACAAACCCACAGACACACACACUUACACACGCAGAUGCUGUUGUGAGACAAACACGCCCUCACACUCACGUACGUGCCUGGGGAAAGCAACAUCCUCCCGACAAAUAAUGGACGUAAAAAAAAGUAAAGAGGAGAGAAGAAGAAAGAAACUCGCGGAGAGGAGACCAUCGUUUGGGCGCACGACCGCGAGAAAGGACGGAAAAACCAGGAGAGUUCUUCGGAAUAAAACAGUGUUUUCUUUACCAGCAGCGACAGGGGCCGGCCUGAGACAGAGGGCAAGCCGGUAGCCUGAGGCCUGAAGCCCCCCGUCUCCGACCCCCUCUCACUUUUCUCUCUUCCCCGCUGUCUCUCUUUUUUCCCACUCAUCUCACCUGCUCUACCUCCCCCCUCCUCUUCCCGAAAAAGGGUCACUCUUGGACAUUAUUUCAAUUUCUUUGAUUCCGCGUUCCCACUGCAAGCAAUGUGUUUGACAGUCACUCCUUUAACAAUAGGUGCAAGACGCUCCUAUGUAGCUGUCUGCAUCUACUGUUUCAGCAUCGUGGUUUUGGUUCACUGCUUUGGCCUUUAGUCAUUCGUAUAGAAAGUUACUCUGGAUUUAAAGUUUUGAAUCAACUUUUCAUCACUUGGCAUUAGCCUUUGACUCAUGAACCAAAUUCCAAACCAAUGAAAAGAGUAGAAACCAAACUGUGUCUGUUAAAUCACAGCCAGUGGUCGCAAAAGUUCAUCAGCGGCUCAGAUCAAUCUUUCUUCGUAAGGUCUUACUCCUCUGGUUGUCUUAUUGUGAAAUCCAGUGACUUGUCAAUCAUGUUGCUCACAAUGAAAACACAAUGAUCUCCCUAGCUUUUAUCUUACUACACAGAAAAGAACCAAAGAAUUAAAGCCACCAGUUUCUACCCAGAAAAAAGGAGAGAAUUAACCAAAUGAUACCAGCUGGCUGUUUUUUGUGUAUUUUAAGCUGCCACUUGUCUAUUGUCAUAUUCUUUUAAUGAACACCUUGCAGUUUUAAUAAUCAAAUGUGAUUCAGGCCAGUAUAAUGCAAUCUUUCCGCCCUGAGAGCAGCAGAAACCUUAGUUGGAUUGUUCACCUCUAAUAAAGCAUGCAGUGAGGCAAGAAGAAGAUCCUAGAUCAGUGAAUAAAGCCAUUAUGUUGUAAACUGUGCUGAACUUGACACUAUUGUAAUUGCAUGUUACUUGUGCUUUUCAAAAAGAGCUGAUUCUUCUUCAGAUCCAGGAUCAGGCUACCAGGGUCGCUACCACACACCAGUCCAGUAUUUGCUGAGUCACUUUCUGGGGGCCUUUGAAUAUUGUUUUCCAUCUGAUUUCUCAUCACAGCUCAGAACAUCGUCAGGGUUUAAAUAUGUAUAUGAGAUGAAAAGGUCCCGCCUUCUUUUUCUUAAACAGCAGUGAAUCAAAUGCCUGCCUUACUGAAAGAAACUGUGUGGCAAGGUGUUACUUAUACCAAAGCAUAAAAGUCUUAAUAUUCACUUUGAGUCCUUCAUUUCCUUUAUUCUCUUUCCAUGAAGCUUUAACUGGGGGAAAUGUGCAUUACAUUUGUACAGAAAUAGUGAUAUUCUAUUGUAUUUAUUUAAAAACAAACAGGGUGCUUUGAAAUUAAAAAUACACGGACCACCAAAUAUUCCAGUCAAAUGUGGUAUAUUUCAUUGUAUUUAUUUCCUGUAGUGCCUCACAUGUUAGACUCACUGCCAGCCUGAGUUAUGGUGCUUCUGUUCACGCCCUGUCCAAACUCCUUUUGUAGAACCAAAGAAUCUGUGGCCAUAUUUGAUUGUAACAUCCCUUUAUAGUGUUUUCAACGACUGUACUGUGCUUUUACAUUUUGCUUCCUCUGUAAUGAUUAAAUGGUGACUCUCCAGUUCUGUCACA